CUCUGCGCUCCUGAGCUCAUUCUCUGCUGUGAGGUAGCGAAGAAAGAAAAUGCCUGAACCCGCCAAGUCCGCGCCCAAGAAGGGCUCCAAGAAAGCCGUGACUAAAACCGCCGGCAAGGGCGGCAAGAAGAAGAGAAAGACCAGGAAGGAGAGCUACGCCAUCUACGUGUACAAGGUGCUGAAGCAGGUGCACCCCGACACCGGCAUCUCCUCCAAGGCCAUGAGCAUCAUGAACUCGUUCGUCAACGACAUCUUCGAGCGCAUCGCCGCUGAGGCCUCCCGCCUGGCUCACUACAACAAGCGCUCCACCAUCACCUCCAGGGAGAUCCAGACCGCCGUGCGCCUGCUGCUGCCCGGUGAGCUGGCAAAGCACGCCGUGUCCGAGGGCACCAAGGCUGUGACCAAAUACACCAGCUCAAAGUAAACUGCAGCUCGACUGCACCCACCCAACGGCUCUUUUCAGAGCCACCCACCUCUGCUGAGGAGCACAUGUCCUGCUGUUAUACUCACUGGUCCUCCUAUAAACAAAAACACAUGUUUAAUAUGUGAAGUGAGGCACGUGUACAAUAGUUUUAAUAAACCGAACAGCACUGAAUAUGAAAGCGAUAACAGCUGUUAUCUCUAUGGUCAUUCAUUAUAUAAACACCCUUCGCCCUCCUCUUUCCUGUGGACCCGCAUUUCCGGAUACUUCAGCUGCGGAAACGACCAGUUUUCAUCUCCAGAUGUGGCUGAACAACGCAUCAUUACAGAGCAGAGGGCUGGUCAGCCACACCUGAGCUCCUUCACACUGCAGGGGGACAGGAAGACAAACCUUCAGCCUUGUGGUGAAGCUCACUGAGCCACGACCCUGCAUACUGUCAGUGUUCACUUCAGUCAUGGGAUACAAGCGGUGGAACAAAGCCCCGCGCAGAGAUGGGGAGAGGCGCACGUGCAUGCAGUGAUGUGUGGAAGGAACGUGAGCGAGGAGAAAAAGCACCUUUACCCAAACUAAAGAACAGAGAGCAGGUACAGGAAACACCUGUAUACAAGCUGUAGCUGUUAACUGUGAGCCUAAAUAUUCCAAACAGGUCACAGACAGGUGCAGACUGCUCGGGCAUUCCCAUGAUGCACUGGGUGUUUCUUCUUCACUCACUAUGUGUUAAUAGACCUCUCUGCAGUGAGUCAUACCUGUUAUUAAUCUCUCUCAUAUGGAGUCUAUACUUUAAUAAGAUGAAUAACUAACAGAUUAAUAAACAUGAACUUAAUUA